CCGAACAUCCGAUAUGACACUGUUAAAUUUUAACACCUCGUAUCCAAACACCCCUAACCCCCGACCUGCUUUUAAUUUGGAGCAGCUGUUGACUGUGAGACCUUGUACAGCGAACGACGAGCUAGCCCAACUAAUGAAUGCACGUACGUACUCCUUUUCGUGGACAUCACAACUGCGAGAUGUCGUUCAUCGGGCUGUCGUCAUCUGGGCCUUUUGGUAAUACGAUUCGGUCCGGCCAGCCCGGGAUUUCUAUCUCAUCUCGAUAAUGUACGGCCCGGCCGCCAUGCAAUCGGUUCGCCGCGUUGCAACUGAAAAGAAAAAAUAUAUUUUCCCAACGGGAAAGAAAUUUGUCGGUCAUUUCAAAGCUCAACUGACGACCUGCUACAAGAAAAGCACCUAAUCGAAGCCGGGGCCGGAUAGGCCUCUGAUAUUCUACUCCGAUUUUCGCAGCUGCUACUACUAGCUCCUGGAGUGUGAUGAUACCGUCCAGGAAAAAAGGACGCAAAGCCUCAUCCUUACAUAUAUCCAAGUCUUGUAACUGACGAUUAUUGGCUGCCACGGCUGAAAGAGAGUGCGCACGCACGUAUGCAUCCUAGCCUGAGCUCUUGCUGCCUUCGAUAGAUUCCGAGCGUGCCAGCCAUAGAUGCAGAUAGGAUGGUCUAUUCUUUAAAAAAAAUCAAAUUAGAAACAAUUUCCGAUCCGCACGCCUCGACCUUGUGCAGAAUCUAUGCAGUUCCUGGCUUCCUGCUCCUUCUAGGUACGGCCGUGGAAGUAUCUGCUCUGACACGACAUCUUCGUGUGCCACACGCCCACACAGCAGAGCCACGCGCAUGCUUGGCGUGGCAGCAGCAGCAGCUGUCAAGGCGCGAGCGCGACGGUCUGUAUAAGAGAGCUGGUCGAGGUUCGGAAGACGGGCAGCGCAGCGCAAUGGAAUUCUGCGCGCAGCAGCGUUUCAAUCCGCCGGUUUCGAAGACCAAACAACCGCCGGCGAGCGCCGGAGCAGCGAGAGCGGCUUGGCCUCGCUCCGGCCUCCCCGCCACCGCUGGUCGCAUCGGCGAAUCACGCCCGAGCAGCCGGGCACUGCAACUCGAUGCUCCUACUACCCCUCGUCCCUCUCAAGUCAUCUGCACCAAGAACAUCAUCCAGGACACGAGAUUGCCAAGGCCGGGCAAGUUUUUCGAGUUGGAGAUGACGGUCCGCGACUGCGAGCUCGACAAGUACGAGGUCGUCAACAAUGCCAUAUAUGCUGGUUACAUCGAGACAGCUCGUCAGGAGAUGAUUGCAAGCCUCGGCGUCUGCACCGGCUCCAUCGCGCGCACCGGCCGUGCCAUGGCGCUCUCCGAGCUCAACGUCAAGUACUUCGCGCCUCUAAAGCGCGGCGCCAAGUUCGUGGUCAUGGUGAGGAUCGUCCGAAUCAAGGGCGUGCGGAUGCUCAUGGAGCACUUGAUUGCAACGCUGCCGGAGCGUCAGCUCGUGUUAGAAGCGAUGGCCACCGUCGUCUGCCUCAACGAAGACUACCGCCCGACUCGCAUGUUCCCGGAGAUGGCGAAUCUGCUGCACUUCCUCUCUCAUCCUGACUAGGAUCAAUCACGCACGGCAAAGCUGCUUGGCCUGCUGCUAAUUUGGAGCCGUACGUUUGUUACUUCAGCAGUCGAACAAAGUUCAGUAGUAUGUAGUAUCUUGGUAUAAUGUCUCUUGGUACAUAUACAUGCUCUCGCGUGGUGGAGAAAUUACUCUGAAAGAUAAGGAAGGCAUCGCCGAGUUCCUGUCACUUGCAUUGUCAAUCAACGGCAGAUCAUUCGUGUUCCGCUCCGCGCGAGAGCUCAACUGCCGCAUGCCUCCUUCAGCAGCUAAAUGUGGGAUUCAUGUGCGAAUGCCAGGCUGAAUUGUGUAUGCCGGCCUCCGAUGUGCGAUCAAUUUGGCCACACGAAUCACUUUUUUGUUUGUUUGAGUACUUCAGUGGAUUCUUUGAAUUUAAUCCAGGGU